AUGAGCCUCCCUCCUCAGCUGAGCAAGCCAGCCAAGCACAGAGCUAUGAAAGAAACGGAUGUCUUCUAUGGCAUGGGCCCUCCCACCCUGGAACCCAACCACGGAGACUUGAACACAGGUGCAUCUGGGCUUUACCACACGGAAAAAGCAGCACCAAACAUGAGUCACCACUAUCACCAGCAAACGCAGCUAAAGUGGAUGCAACCUGAGCAGGCUCCCAUCCAGGGGCCCCUGUGGAACCAGGACUUGGGCGGGUGGAGCCAAGGUCCACAGUACCCGCGAGGACAGACGUUCCGCCAAAGCAAGCCGCAGCAGGCGCAGUUCAACCCAGGCUAUUAUGCAGGGUUUGCACAAAGUAAAAGUGUGGGUUAUGAGCAAGCCAAGCCGCAAGGCAUCCUCCAGCAAAUUCAGCAGCAGAAGCAGAUGGUCAAUCCACAACAGCAGCUUCAAAUGCAACAUCUCCAGCAAAUGCAGCAGUAUCAGCAGCAGUGCAUGCAAGAGCGCCACCUGCAGCAGAGGAGCCAGCAUGGUGCACAGCAGCUGGAGCCAAACGUGGAGCUAAAGCACCAGCAGCAGCCAGAAGCAAUCUUCCAACCUCAGCGAGAGACCCAAGAGACAGAGGAGAGCGCUGAGCAGAUACAUAUGUCCUCGUCUACAGAGAUAGAAAAAGUUCCUGAAAGGACUGUGGAUCCGACUGUAGUGCCCCCAGGUGGGAAUUGUGUGGCCCAGCCCAGACGGUCCAGGCGGCUGUCCAGAGAGGGCCAGUCUCCCAGCAACGAGGCACUUCUGAACGGAACAGGACAGGACACAGCGGAGGGCUUGAGCACCGGAGGAGUGAUCCAGAGCACCCGCCGCAAAAGGAGAGCGUCUAAGGAAAUCAACCUGGAGACCUUAGCCCAGCAGGCGGCCCAGAGAGAGUCCCUGCCCGCCAAGGUCAAGGCUGACGUCCCCUCAAGCAGAACCUCUUCCAUGGCCCCUCUGGUCAUGCCUGUUUCUGUCCCCGUGCCCAGGCCUCCUCUGGAGCGAUGGAUGGGGCACAAGGCCUCGGUCAUUGUGGCCCGCAGACGCUCUCUCAGGAACUCUGUGACAGACUCCACUCAGGAUGCAGAGCUGGACUCAGGCUCAGAUGAGGACGGGGGUAAGUCCAGGACCAGGCGCCGACCUCGGCCCGAGCCACUGAUCAUCCCCCCACCACGGCCGUCCUCCUUCAUCCCGGCCUCUGUUUACUCGAGUAUCACGCCGUACCAGUCACACCUGCGCUCCCCAGUGCGCAUCACCGAGCCGCCCCUGCUUCUACCGCCCUACACACCCCCGCCUAUCCUGUCCCCGGUCAGAGGGGGGUCAGGCCUCUACUUCUCCACCUUCCUGUCCAGCAUGGCAGCCGGGACACAGGCUGCCCCCCCGCAAGCCACACCCCGGUCCUCCUCUGUCAGCCUGCUGCGCUUGUCGAGUACAGCCAGCUCAGAGGGCUCGCCUCCUCUACCCCUGGUCACUGAUGCCACCCCUGUGAGCCUGGAACCGCGAAUCAACAUCGGGCAGCAAUACCAGGCCUACAUCCCAGAGGUGCAUAGCCCUGGCACCCCACCUUCGGAGCAGCACCAGGCCGACCUGCUGUGGCGCCCCCUGGAGGAGCCCACCACAGGGGGACAGGGUAGCGUGCAGGACCUCGUGAACAUGGCCUGCUCCAGUGUGCUUUAUGGAGGAGGAACAAACCAGGAGCUUGUUCUGCACUGUCUGUUCCAGAGCGGAGGAGACAUCCUGGAGACCGUUCGGUGUUUGCUGCUCAAGGACGUGCUGUUUCCUAAAGGACACCCCCUGUGUGACUACCACUACUCUGGAUCCGACUGCUGGACUCCAGAAGAGAAACGCUACUUCAACAAGGGCAUCUCUGCAUACAGGAAGGACUUCCACAUGGUGCAAAAGCUGGUGCAGACCAAAUCUGUAGCUCAGUGUGUGGAAUUCUACUACACCUACAAGAAGCAGGUGAAGGUGGGACGCAGUGGCGCUGUGGCCUUUGGACCCCUGGACUCCCCCCUGGAUGAGGUUCUGGAGAACAAGAGCUCAGCGCAGAGCUUGGCGCACCACAGAGUGAUGCUGAAGGAGGAGGAGACGAAGUUUCAGCCGGAGCACCUCUCUGAUCCGUGCGAGCAAAACCAGGAGAGCCGGCACCAGGCAAGAGUAGCGCAGUCACUACAGGCACACAAUUAUGUGGCUUCAGUCAUGGUCCCUGAGAUGACAAGCUGCACUCCCCCACAGACCUCCCCUGCUUCCUCCAGGACCCGAUCCGAGCCUCAGGCCAAGAAAGCAAAGCCCCCCCCCAAAGCCCCAGCCGACCCCGACCAAGUCUUCCCCUGCAAGAAGUGUGGCAGAGUGUUUGGGAAAGUCAAGAGCCGCAGCGCACACAUGAAGAGCCAUGCAGAACAGGAGAAGAAGGCAGCUGCUCUCCGACUCAGGCAGCAGGAGGAGGCUCAAGGUCAGACACCGUUGCAACCAGAAGCACCUCAUGAGCCAGGGGCAAGGCUGGGGGCCCGCAGACCGGAGCCCCCGGCCCAGGCCAGGACUGCAAGGCCCUACCAGGAGGCAAGUGGAGGAGAGUCCAGCGAGGCAGAUGAUGCUUAUGAUGAAGACUGGCAUUAG